AUGGCUGAUCAGCAUGCUGCGGCUCCAUGUCCUCGGGACCAAGAAUUGCUCAAGAAGAGAAUCUUCAUCAAUGCCUUCGACAUGUUUACACCGAGCCAUCUGAGCUUCGGGCAGUGGCGACGAAAAGGCGACCGGAAUAAGGACAAGCGGCGCGAUCUCACAUACUGGACGGACCUGGCGCAGCUCCUCGAACGGGGAGAUAUCAACACUCUAUUCCUUGCCGACACGUAUGGCCAACAUGACGUGUACAAGGGGAGUGCUGAGCCGACUGUGCGGACGGCCUGCCAGUAUCCAAUGGGUGACCCAGCUGCUCCUAUCACUGCGAUGGCUGCGGUAACCAAGAAUCUGGGGUUUGCCAUCACGACAAGUACCAGCUAUGAGGCCCCAUUUGUGGUUGCGAAGCGAUUCUCGACGCUGGACCAUCUUACGAAGGGACGAUUUGGAUGGAAUAUAGUGACAUCCUUCAAACAGUCGGCGGCAGAUGCUGUUGGUUUGCCUUUUGUCGAGCAUGAUAAGAGAUAUGAAAUUGCGGACGAAUACUUGCGCCUUCUUUAUAAAAUCUGGGAAGGUUCUUGGGCGGAAGACGCGCUGAAAGAAGAUGCGGAAAGCGAGGUUUAUGCCGAUUUCGACCGCAUCCGAUUCAUCCAUCACAGGUCCGCAACUUUCAAACUCGACGCGCCUCAUAUUUUGGAUCCGUCCCCUCAAAGAACUCCUUUUCUGUUCCAAGCAGGAACAUCUAGCGCAGGAAUGGAGUUCGCUUCAACACACGCAGAAGGGGUCUUCGUAGCGGCCCCUUCUCCGCACAUCUUGGCGCCCCGAGUCGCAAACAUCAGGGCUAGAGCGGCUGCACUUGGUCGCGAUCCUAAAAGCGUAAAAGUAUUCGCGGUCAUUACUCCCGUCAUAGGGCGCACUGAUGAAGAAGCUAAAGCCAAGUAUGAGGAAGCGUUGAAAUAUGCAAGCGUUGAAGGUGGUCUCGCGUUCUAUUCAGGAAACGUUGGUAUAGAUUUGAGCAAAACGGAUCUUGAUGUUGAGAUCACGCCAGGCGACGUCCAAGUGGACAGUCGCGUCCAUUCGCUCGUGGACAGUCUCAAGUACCAUGGCAAUGACAUACCGGCUUGGACACCGCGGAAUAUCGGCAAAGCAGUCUCUAUCGGCGGUAAUGGACCUGUUCCUGUGGGCUCGGCUGAGCGCGUGGCAGAUGUUUUGGAGGAGUGGAUGGAUGUCGCGGAUUUGGACGGUUUCAACGUCGGGCACGUUACGUCUCCUGGUAGCUUCGAGGAUUUGGUCGACCUUCUAGUACCUGUUCUUAGACAGAGGGGGAGGUAUGCCGAGAAGGGAGAGUCAGGAACGGUCCGCGAAAGAUUCUAUGGCGCUGGCCAGGCUCGAUUGAGGGAUGACCAUGUCGGAAGUCGAUAUAAAUAUGAGGUUUACGUAGAAGAUUAGAGCAAAUGGAACGAGGAAAUCUGUAUCGUGAUGAAGAGCC